GACCGGGCCCCGGCCGAGGCUGUGCCAGGGACCGUGAGGCGACAGGCACCCCCCCACCCACCAUUGCCCUCGCCCCGCCCUCGGUUCCCGCUGAGGCGCCCCGCCAUCACGUGACAGGCGAAGUCCGGCGAGGCAACAUGGCGGCGGCGGGACCCUCUUUUUGGCUGGGGAAUGACACCUUGAAAGUGCCUGUCGCGCUCUUUGCCUUGAAUAGAAGACGACUGUGCGAUCGCCUGAGAGUGAAUAAGGAUGUUGAGAAGAAUUCAGUUGUUCUGCUACAGGGUGGAGAAGAAACCCAGAGAUACUGUACUGAUACUGGUAUCGUCUUUCGCCAGGAAUCUUACUUUCACUGGACUUUUGGAGUAACUGAAGCAGGCUGCUUUGGAACAGUAGAUGUUGAUACUGGAAGAUCCAUGCUUUUUAUUCCACAACUCCCUGAAAGCUAUGCCGUUUGGAUGGGAAAGAUUCAUCCCCCUGAAUUCUUCAAGAAAAAAUAUGCUGUGGAUGAAGUCCACUAUGUGAAUGAGAUAUCCAGUGUUCUGGCUUCAAAGAACCCUUCUGUGCUUCUUACUUUGCGUGGUGUUAAUACUGAUAGCGGAAAUGUCACCAAAGAAGCUUCGUUUGAAGGAAUCAGCCAAUUUAAUGUGAACAACAAAAUCCUUCAUCCUGAAAUUGCAGAAUGUCGUGUGAUUAAGACAGACAUGGAGUUGGAAGUUCUGCGCUACACCAAUAAAAUCUCCAGUGAAGCUCAUAAAGAGGUAAUGAAGGCAGUAAAAGCAGGUAUGAAGGAAUACGAGAUGGAGAGCCUGUUCCAGCACUACUGCUAUGCUCGAGGUGGCAUGCGCCACACUUCCUACACUUGCAUCUGUGGCAGUGGGGAGAACUCGUCUGUUUUGCACUACGGCCACGCUGGAGCCCCAAAUGAUAAGACUAUUGAAGAUGGAGACUUGUGCCUGUUUGAUAUGGGAGGAGAGUAUUACUGCUAUGGCUCUGACAUCACCUGCACCUUCCCUGCAAAUGGAAAGUUCACUCCUGACCAGAGGGCUAUCUAUGAGGCGGUGCUGAAGUCAUCACGGGCUGUAAUGAAAGCAGUCAAGCCAGGGGUCGCCUGGCCUGAUAUGCACCGUCUGGCUGACAGAGUACAUCUGGAGGAGUUGACUAAAAUUGGCAUUCUGAAAGGCAAUGUAGAUGACAUGGUGAAGGUUCAUCUGGGUGCAAUAUUUAUGCCACACGGACUUGGACAUCUACUUGGAAUCGAUGUGCAUGAUGUUGGAGGCUACCCAGAGGGAGUGGAGCGCAUUGACCUGCCAGGGCUCAGGAGCCUGCGCACCGCCCGCAGCCUGGAGCAGGGCAUGGUGCUGACCAUCGAGCCGGGCAUCUACUUCAUCGACCACCUCUUGGACCAAGCGCUCUGUGAUCCUGCACAGUCCUGUUUCAUCAACAACGACGUCCUUCAGCGUUUUAGAGGAUUUGGUGGGGUCCGGAUCGAGGAUGACAUCGCAGUGACAGCCAGUGGAAUGGAGCUGCUAACCUGUGUCCCACGUACUGUUGAAGAAAUAGAGGCUUUCAUGGCAGAAAGCCAAAGCAGUGCCAAGUCAUUCGAAUGCCUCUCCAGCCAAAAGCAGUAAACUUCAGGAUGAUACUUAAUGUCUUGUGCUAAUCACUCAUCAUUCUGAUUUAAUGCUGCAGCAUAUACAGUAAAAUACACCAAAUUCUUAAUAGCAAGGGAGGCAGGCAGGCUAUUAGCUGGAAUGAUCCAUUCAUUAAAAAUGAAGGUAGAAGGCUUCAGCACUUGAUAUCCAAGUAACUGAAGUACUGCUGCUUCCCAUCAGCAGUUUACAUUGCCAAAUGCCACCUGAAUAACCCUACUGCAUUAGCAGUGGGGCUUGUAUUUCUGUCAGAUCUCAGCUCAGACAUACCUUGCAAUUAAAUCUGAAUUUUGAUGAUUGGGACUCUUUAAUUAUCUGAAUGCUGUCAGCAAUUGUAACAAUCUAAGUCCUUUUUUGAACUUCAUCACAGGUACUGUGAAAAACAUAAAAGAAAAAACAGCUGUUCUCAGUGAGCAUGACACAUUUUUCUUACAGAUCUUAUUUCAGUGUCACUGGAGUAUGCAGAAUCAAAUUUUUAUUAAAAUUAUCCUUGGCAUCAUCUAUGCUCACAACUUCGUGAUCAUUAUGCUCUUCUGCUCCAGUUCCUGCUUCUUUAUCUGACCUUUCUACCAAUUUGUGCUCUGGAAACUUUGACUCUUCGUUAGCCAGAUCUAUCUGCUCUGGGUAGUGGGUGUACUGAUCCUUCAAACACAGCCCAACGCUUGUUAGAUUUGUGCAUCUGUUUGUUCCUUAAAAAUGUUGAUUGCUGUGGUAUUGACGAACCUUAGAAAUAGCAAGAAGGGAGAAUCUUUGCUGCAGGACUCAGGGCCAUUAAGUAGCAUAUGCUGUGCAGAAUGAUAGAGUAUUUUUAACUAUCCAGUGUUAGCUGGUUCACAGUGAAAUCAUGUCAGCUUUAUCUGAAUACACCACAAACAUAGUAAUAAUGAUCAUAACAUGAUUUUCCAUUCAUGCAAGGUUUAAAUUACCCAAACAGGCCUUUCUUUACUGUAGGUGCUCAUCAGCCUGCAGGAGAAUAAAUACAUUUCUUGCAUCAUAAAAUAGCACUAGUUGCUGUAACUACAUAAAAAUAAUCUUGGUCACUUUAUGAAUACAUCAAACUACUGUUCAGUCUUCAGGCUCUGUUGCACAGUUUGAGUGCAAAGCUGCUUCAGAACAUCCCUCUGCUGUGUGAGGGGGGACUGAAGUCACAGCAGGAUGUCGGGGGCUUUCUGGGUCAUACCACUUGCCAGAUGAGGGUUUUCCCACUGUGAAGGUUGACCUGAUUACCUCGGCAUUGCGGUUCUGCUGCUCACAUCUUGUAGCUUUAUAAACAAACGAGCCCAUUCACAUUUUUUUAAAGAUUGCUGGGCACUGGUUUAUAACAGGUAAGUGCAGGAGGUCUUGAUUGUGAAGGAGAAGGGGCAAGAAGCGGAGGGUGUGGGAUUUGCAGUUUGUAUUUGCAACUGCAUUAAUGCUUCCUUCUGUGAUCAAGUGUCAUGCCUCUGAAAUGUAGUACUUGUGCAGAGGAUGUCAGGCUUUGCUUUGAUAGCUUUGCGGAUUCGAGAACAUAGAAACUACACUAGCACGGCUUCGACUUGUCUACCCCUAAAACUCAGGAGGUUUUUCCAUUGCAAGACAGUGCUCAUGGCCUCAGCCCUCUUCCCUCUGUGUCCAAGUGUUUUCCUGCUCUGAACACACCCAUGGGAUCACUCACUGCUUUGGGCACUCUGAAACCUGCUGUUGCUUGGGUUCAAUAGCAGCUGCUAUUUCCAAGCAACACCUCAGAGAUUUAAAAGAAAAAAAAAAAAAAGGAGUUUUGGAAUUGUUUCAACUAAGCUAUAACCCCAGUCUAGUUAUUAGGCCUUUCCCUGCCUGUGAUUAAUCUUGGCAAAUAUUGGCCUCUGCUGCUGCAGAACAGGUCGAGCAAUCUGGCAUGCUGCAGGAGGCAGAACUGGUUCUGCUUCAACAUGUACCAGCGAACAAACCCUACCACAAGUGAGUUUUGGGGGAGAGCACUCACUCACGCAACCAGCUGCUCUGUUGUUUGCUCACCCGAGACAUGGGUGCGUUUUGGCCUGGGAUGGUGCACUGUCUCCCAUUUUCCUUCAUUAUCAGGCCCAUGAACUGCGUGAAUAUGAAUUUCAUCCUUCCUUCCAGAAGUCUGUAAUUAUGAUAAUUUUUAUCCACUUAAAAAGUGAAUUAGAACUUUUUUCUAAAUUGAGUGUGUGUGUGUGUGAUGCAGGGAAUUAAGCCUUUUAAAAAUAUCAAAGUGAUAUUUAAUACACUUUAAAUGUAUUAGUGGGGGGAAAAACACAGGUUAUGGCAAACUUUCUCUUUGACUACAUUAGGAUAUUUUAGGCUGUUAGCUAUGUUUUCCAAAAUGCUUUUCCCCUUGGUGCAAACAGACUCAAAGUGGCACCAGAGUAACAGUGUGUUAUGUUGAGCAAGUUGCUGUGUUUAGAAAGGGCUGAGCGUUGCUGAACCCAUCUGUUUAAACUGUGUCAGCUCCCUGGGGUUGGAUGCACUCGGGAUUUAUCUGCAGGGUAUAAUUAAAGUGGUAGAGCCUCCUAGUGCUUGCAGAGGCUAGAGUAGCGAGAAAAUGGGAAUGUUGCCUGCUAAAACGUAUGGUGCUGUAAUGCUCCUUCUUCCAGUGACAGGCACUAUAUUCUGUCACAGAUUACAGCUGUUGUUAAGAAAAAUGUGCCGAAAACCUGAACUUUUAUAGGCCUACACUGAAAUUUUCUUGUGUAGAUGUGUAUUUAUUCCAGCCUUUUUUUAGGAAGGAGAAUCAUCCAAGUCACCUGCUAUGGGUGUUCCGUGCUUUGCAGUGGCAUUUUGCUGUCACACAGCCUGGGCUGCUCCAUCCUGGGGCAGAGCGAGAAAGCCUCGCCUCUGCCUUUGCCCCUCAGAGGUGUGAUAGCUAUUUUCAUAGACUGGUUUGUGUUGGAAGGGACCUUAAAGCUCAUCCAGUUCCAACCCCCUGCCACGAGCAGGGACACGUCCCAUUAGACCGUGUUGCUCCAAGGCCCAUCCAGCCUGACCUUGAACACUGCCAGGGAUGGGGCAGCCACAGCUUCUCUGGGCACCCUGUGCCAGCGCCUCAGCACCCACACAGGGAAGAACUUCUGCCUAAUAGCUAAUCUAAAUCUCCCCUUUUUGGCAGGAGGGAGCUUAGAAUAAUAGACUGGCAUCUUCCUUGCAACCAAACUCUUACUGAGGGUAGAUUUAAUAUAAUAAUUUGUUAUAAUCUUGGGUUCAUGACUUCACAUAUUAAAGUGAUAUGCUGCAUGCAGCCUACCCGCUUCCCUAGGCAAUCAAAGCAAGUGCAGAGACUGCCAAGCCAGAAAUGCCAUUGUGCAAACAAAUGAUUUUUCAUAACUCGGUGGUUUUAUUUAGACAAGAAGGAAGUGGAAUCGGAGCUGUCAAGAGUAACAGGUGGAGAAGGCAGCCUCCAGAGCAUCAGAAAGAUUAUUACUCACACUCAAAGAUAUUUAAGAAAUCAUUUGGAGCCCCUGUUGUGGUUAUUAGGGGAAGAUCCAACACCAACCAGUCAACAAGGCCACGUAGUCGCAAUUCACAGAGCCCACAACUGACAAGCUCCUGCCGUUUGCAUCAGAGUAGGUGGACAGUUAACAAAUAAGGUGCUUUCAGGUCAUCUUUUUCCUUGUAGUUUUUGGUGUUCUGUUCCUCCCCUUUUAACUGCAGUACAUUUUCAGUCUUAAAAUUUUUUUUUUGUUUUGUUUUUUGGUGUGGUGGUGUCAUUUUUAAAUCAGGAAUUCAGCCAAAAGUGCAGUAAGGUUUUGAUUCUUUCCAUUGAGUAAAAACCUGUGUGGAAGACAGAAAUGGAGACUGUUGCACUGAUUUCUCAAUGACAGCUGCUUGAGGUAGGCACCUCUCCAUUUGAGGAACAUACAAAAGGGACAGGAAAAAUGAGGCCAGCACUAGAAGUGAAAGGUUUUUAUUAGCUUCUGAUAUUUCAACCCUACCUAGUUAAGCUGCAGCUAAAAACAGAAAAAAAAAAAACCCAACAUAUUUUUGUAAAAAGACUACCAAAACAAUCCAUAAAAGUUUUCCACAUGUAUUAAAAGAUUAAAUUCAAAAAAAAAUAAAAAUUCAAGGUUUCAUUUUCUAACAGCAUCUUCAUGGAGAUAAUAUCCAAGUUAUCUUCCUAAGUACAGAUACAAGGGAAACAAGCAUCCUGCAAAAUAAUCUCUAGAAAAAGGUAGUGCAGGAGGGAAACUAAGACAGGGUAAUAAUCCACUAGCCAGACACACAGGUUAAAUGUAACACAACCAUACCAUCAAUGAAAUACUUUAAAAUGAAAAUAAAUUAACGUAACAUCAAA